UCGAUCGUCGAUUUGCUGCUCGCACAUAACAUUUUUAUGAGAACCGCCGCGUUUGUGUGUCGUUUGCACGAUCAGAGUUGCGUCCGUGUUCGGCGUCCCGGACGAUGAUUUGCUGAAACGUUCCGUGAACGAUGGCUGCGUUGGCUGGCAACCUGGUGUCGCACACGCAGAUCUUCACGACGCGACCGAACAUGGAGAGCACCGACGGUUCAGUGUCGAUGGACUCGGACAAUUUCGACAGGGUGUCCGCCCAAUUGGACAACGCGAGUUGUUGCAGCGACGACACGGUGCUGUCCGUCGGCAACGAGAACCCGCCGCCGCAACCGCCGUCGCCGCCGCCCACGGAGACGCUCAGCUUCAAGAACAUCGAGAGCCAUCUGAACGCCAUCUCCCAGAUAACGAACAGCACGCUGAACCCGGACCUGUCCAGGAAGUGCGCGUCCUCUAGUCCAGUCAAUCAUAGAUUAAGCCCAAGUACAAAAUCGGACUCGGCCAGUUUCUUGUUCCGAACUGUGGACUUCGACAAGUCCAAUUCGAACGAACUGUUCCGCUCGAACCUGUGCUCGCCGCGGUCCGUGUCCGAACCCGACUCGCCGCCGUCCUGCAGAAGUCCGAAGCACGAGAACUUCUUCUUCAAUCAGAACAAAACUAAUAACAACAACGAGAACAAUGCCAGUCUCAAGUUCUCCAUUGAUAACAUAUUGAAGGCCGAUUUCGGUCGUCGCAUCACCGAUCCGAUACACAUCCGAAAAUCGAAACCGAAAAAGGUCAGUCCGGAACUGAGCGGCCCGGACGAAGGCAAGGCGUCGGGUCCGGUGGAUCUGAGCAAGAGCGACGCUCCAAGCGGCGACGCCAAGGGGGAUCAGCCCAUCCUGUGGCCCGCGUGGGUCUACUGCACCAGAUACUCGGAUCGACCAUCAUCAGGUCCAAGAACACGAAGGGUAAAGAAACCGGGAGCACCGAAGGCCGGUGCCACACCGGAAGAGAAACGACCGAGGACGGCGUUUUCGGGCGCCCAGUUGGCACGACUGAAGCACGAGUUCGCCGAAAAUCGUUAUUUGACCGAACGCAGAAGGCAACAGUUGAGCGCCGAAUUGGGCUUGAACGAGGCACAAAUUAAAAUUUGGUUCCAAAACAAACGGGCGAAGAUCAAGAAGGCGUCGGGCCAAAAGAACCCGCUGGCGCUGCAGCUGAUGGCACAAGGACUAUACAAUCACUCGACGAUUCCGCUGACAAAGGAGGAGGAGGAAUUGGAAGCCAUGCACGCGAGCAAGCCCUCAUAGAACCAGAACUAGAUGAAUUUUCGAGGAUUAGGUUUAUUGAGUUCCGUUGGUGAUAAUUUCAUGCUUCCAUUUUUUCCAUUGUGAUUUUUCGAUUCGGUUACGUUCUGCGGGACCGGGCGGCUACCCGAUUGCCGACGACGCUUUCAAAAUCUUAAUUACAAAUUCUAAUUUUGUACGUUGGGAACACUAAUGGGCGCAAAUAUCUUGCCGCGUCCGAAUGACCCAUUCAAUCCUGAUUUUGUUGUCGGAAUUUUUUCGGGGGGCCACUUUUCCCGCACGUUGUCUCUAACUGUUUUUUUUUU